CAGCACAGAUACUUCCGCCGUGUGGAACCGGACAACCUUGGGAUUGAACACGAGUAGUCGUUUAUAAAUUGCUUGUGCUUUAUUACAGUGAUAUAACCAGAUAUCUUCAUAGUCUAGCUAAAAAUACACCAUAUUCUGCUGAUGUAUCCACGAGGCUGAAGCUGCUACAGCGUGGUCACGUAGUGAAUCGUCCAGAUCAACACUGAAAUGUCGCUGCAGAAGAUGACACGACUCCGUCCGGUGAGGCUGCUGAGCUCCAUCCACCAGCAGCCGCUGCUCCUCCCGUCCACCACUGCUCUCUCUGUUCCCAGAAGGUCAGUGAUCCAGGGUGAAUACAGACGACCCGGCCAGCCCAGAGAGAACAAGCUCCCGUGGCAGAAGAUCAACUUUGACUUCUCCAAGGGAUUGCAGGGGAUAAAGAAGCAUUUCGCUCUGCUGAAGAAGGAGUUUUUCGACCGCUGGGUUGGUCCACAGGGCAAACCGAUCCUGGAGCACAUGCUGGAGCAGAACAGGGUGAUCUGGGAGUUCAGAGGUCCGGAAUGUCUGGAGCAGUGGACGUUGUCUUCUGAUCGGGAGAUAGGAGGCCAGAGUGAAAUAUACCUGAAGCUGGGAAAGAACACUAAUACCUGUUUUCUAUACGGGACACUGAGUUCUGUUCCUCCAAGAGAUGGAGAAACUCGUUACAGUGGAUACUGCACCAUGCGAUCAAAGCAACCACUAGCUGCGUUCGAUAGAAAAGAGCACUACGAUUGGACCAGUUUUAACACCCUCCAUUUACGUGUACGUGGUGAUGGCCGUCCGUGGAUGAUCAACCUCGCGGCAGAAACGUAUUUCUCUCACCAGAAAGACGACAUUUACAGUUACUUCCUGUACACCAGAGGAGGACCCUACUGGCAAGACGUGAAGAUACCUUUCUCUAAGUUCUUCCUCACACAUCGAGGGAGGAUACAAGACGACCAGCAUCCUGUCUGGCUGGAUAAGGUUAACACCAUCGGGUUUACUUUGGGAGACAAAGCUGACGGUCCGUUCCAGCUUGAGAUCGACUUCAUUGGUGUCUGCAAAGAUUACGCACACACUGAGGAGUUUGCUUAUGAGGUGUACAAGAGGAAUCCUGAAGUUUGAGACCAGCCAUCACUGGGAUGAAAUUGAACUGUUAUUGGACAAACAAUUACACCGUUAUUCAUGUUGACCCCGUUUAUCUGGAUUAUAAUGGAUGUUUUGUGAGGAAGCACUGACUUACAUCUCUCAGCUGUUUGUAAGAAGUGUUUAUCUGGUCUUAAAAUUAGGAAAUGUGCUCAAUUUAGGGCUUCCUGAAUGAGGAAACGGUUGUAGUUAAUCACAUCUUUCAGUUAGAGGACAACGGAGAAGAUUUUGUUGCUCCUUUAUAAGAAAAUCAAGUUGGUUUACCAAUAAAAUAUUUUCCACAUAAAUUCA